UGUAACGAUUCGGAGGUGUCCGUCCCAGCUCAGCUUAGCUCAGCUCUGCUCCGCUCAGAAAUAUCGCGUUCUUUUAGUGAGCGGUGCAAACGUGCCAGUGAUAAAAUUUGGAUCGUGAAUUGAGACAGAGAAUCGAAAAACAACAGAACACCUUAAAUCGCACUUAAGUGGAUUUUAAUUGACGCCUUGUCGCGAAUUGUCAUCGAGUGUUUUGGGAUUGCCUCCAGCGUUUUAUGGGAUCGUUAGCGGGAAUGCAUAUAUUACGGGGCUGGAUCAGCCUUAUGCUGCUGCUCGGCACAGGGGAAAUGCUCGUCUCUGGCCAAUAUUUCGCUUACGCACCUGGUAAGUGCGAGCUUACCAAAUCAAAUGUAAUCGAGAGCAUGUUCACAACGGAGCUGAGCAUCAUCCUGCAUACGCAACCCAAGCUGCUCCACUACGACCUUUACACUCCUCUUAAUCCGGAAGAGCGGCAGUUACUACGGCCAGGAGAUCUCGGCAUGCUGAAGAACUCACACUUCAAUCCAAAAUGGCCAGUGAGGAUACUCAUUCAUGGCUGGGCAGGCACUAGCACAACCUGCUCGAAUGCAGUCAUCAAGGAUGCCUACUUAUCCCGCGGCAAUUACAAUGUCAUCAUCCUGGACUGGAGUCGCCAGGCGAUGGACAUCAAUUAUGCACGUGUGUCCAAGCAACUGGCUUCGAUAGCCGGCAACGUGGCCAAGUUGCUGCGGUUUCUACAUGACAACACAGGGGUUCCCUACGAGCAAAUCUAUUUGGUGGGUCACAGCGCCGGCAGUCACAUCUCUGGACUGACGGGAAAGAUGAUGAAACCCUACCGCCUGGGCGCCAUCUUCGCCCUAGACCCCGCUGGGCUUACUCAACUAAGUCUGGGACCGGAGGACCGACUAACCAACGACGACGCCCUGUAUGUGGAAUCAAUCCAUACGGAUCUGACGCUUCUGGGCAAUCCCAGCACUAAGCUCAGCCAGGCGUCCUUCUUUGUCAACUGGGGCCUGGGACAGCCGCACUGUCCGAACGCCACGGCCACGGAAUUCGACUUUGUGUGCGACCACUAUGCAGCCGUGUUCUACUUCGCCGAGUCAGUGCGUCGCCCCAAGUCGUUUGCCGCCGUGCGGUGCAGCUCGGUGCAGGCACUGCGCUCAGCCACCUGCAGGUGCAACACCGGCGGUGGCACCCAGAUAUGCACCGGCGACGGGUUCAUGGGCGGUGAGCCGGCGGUGCCAAAGCGAGGUAUCUUCUAUCUGAGCACAAGACAACGAUCUCCGUAUGGCACCGGCGAUGGCCUGGUCUACAUCCGUCGACCGAUACCGUCCACUAUUGGGGAGACGGCGAAGAGACGUCGACGGCUGGGGUAGCAAGUAAUGCGAGUUGCGACUAACCAAAAAGUGAUUUAUCUACAUUUUAACGAAUAGCCAUUAAGUCCUAGCCAUUUAGCCCAAAGAAUGCGAAUAAAGCAAAGUGAUUUCGUACAAAGAA